UCGGUUUCUCCCAGCUGACAGCCGGCUGCCCAGCCAUGGGCACCGUCUACAACCGGACCACAGAACCGGAGGCGUCCCGCCGCCUGCCGUCGUUUUUGUCGCGGUUUUUCCCAGAUGGCAGCCGGCGGCCCGGCCCGGCCAUGGGGAACCGCCCCGUCUACAACCGGACCACAGAACCGCAGGCGUCCCGCCGCCUGCCGCCCUUUUUCUUGAGGUGUUUUCCAGCUGGGAACCGGCAGCCCAGCCCGGCCAGGCAGAGCCGCCCCGCCUACAACCAGACCACGGAACCGCAGGCGUCCCGCUACCUGCCGAGCUUUUUCUUGCGGUGUUUUCCAGCUGGGAACCGGCAGCCCAGCCCGGCCAGGCAGAGCCGCCCCGCCUACAACCAGACCACGGAACCGCAGGCGUCCCGCUACCUGCCGAGCUUUUUCUUGCGGUGUUUUCCAGCUGGGAACGGGCAGCCCAGCCCGGCCAGGGCGAGCGGCUCCGCCUACAAGCCGACGGCGCAACGGGAGGCGAAGACGCCCCGCCCGCCUCCCUUGUGCUUUCGUUUUUGUCCGGCGGGGAGCCGGCGGCCCGGCGCGGCCAUGGAGAACGGCGGCGUCUACAACCCGACCACGGAGCCCCAGGCGAAGGCGGCCCGCCCCCGACCCCUGGGCUGCACCCUGCGGCGCCUGCGGGGCUGGCGGCUGCCGGUCAAGGCGGCCCAGACGAUUUUCUCUCUUGUGGCUGUUGUUUGUGAAGAAGUUGUGGACGAUUGCAUCACUUGUGGUGGACUUUACUUCUUUGAAUUCAUAAGCUGCAGUGCCUUUCUUUUGAGCCUCCUGAUUCUGUAUGUGUAUUGCACUGAUUUUUAUGAAUCACUGGGGGAAGAGAAAGUGAAGAAACUGAAUUUUUGGGCUGUGCUGGUCAUAGGUGCCUCGUUUCUGUUAGCAUCAAUAGUGUUUUCUAUAACCUGCUCUGACUCUGCUGCUGAAAGUGCUGCAUAUGUAUUUGGAUUUUUUGCAACUUUUGCAUUUGCAGCUGAAUUUGUUAGAGAUCUCUAUGAACUCUGUCGCAAGCGAAAACAAAACAUCGUUGGACGCCCUCAAAAUCCUCGUAGCACUCCGAGUGCCACAGAAAAUCGGCCACUGAAUAAACGCUAACUUCCUGAAA